AUGAAUGGAGCUGUAGAGGCCACCAAUAAGAAUAUCAAGAAGAUUUUGAGAAAAAUGAUUGACAAUCACCGAGGUUGGCACGAGAUGUUUCCAUAUGCUUUAUUGGGUUAUCGGACGACUGUCAGAAGAUCAACUGGAGCUACUCUAUACUUGCUAGUAUAUGGAACAAAAGCAGUCAUACCUGCUGAAGUUGAAAUUUUGUCUUUGAGAAUCAUCCAAAAGGCUGAGUUGAGUAAUGUUGAAUGGGUUAGCAAGAGAAUUGAUGAAUUAACUUUUAUCGAUGAAAAGAGAUUGGUCGCUGUCUAUUAUGGUCAAAUAUUUCUGCAAAUUCCAGCUACCCCUUUUGCUGAGCCAGCUGCACGAUUCGUCCUUGCUAGCCGGGAUAUGGUGACAGAGUUGCUUUAUUAA